AUGAAAAAUUGGAAUCUGAUGGUUAAUAAACGAGUCUUCAUCAUAAAUUUUAAUGUUCUCCAUGUUUUCAACAAUAAAAUCACACGAUUCCAAAUAAUCCUUUUCAGGAUGGACGUAGAAGACGAGGAAUCCACAUCAAGCGCUCCUGUAAAAGUCCAAGCGAAGAAGAGAAAGCGCCGAAGAAAGAAUAAGAAUGAAGAUCAAGAAGAGUACGAGGAGAACAAGUUAUACGCGAACCAAAUAAACCAAAAGUUCGGUUCAUCAAAAGGAUUCAAACAUAAAGAUGAAACGCCAAUGUUCGAAGUAAAAGGCGGUAAAGCUACUAUCAAAAAUUCAGGAAAUCAUCGAUUGACAGUUAGCCGAACUUUGGAUUUUCACAUGAACAAACUGUUUCAGUGGGAAGAAGAGCCAGAUGCCAUCGAAUCCGCUUACAUUUGUGCACUGUGCCACGAAUCUGGCAGGAAACGAGAACUCUUCGGACCAUAUUACACUACACAUAAUCCCAUCAAGCAUUGGCCAACGUUUCUGGCUAAAAAACCGGCAAGAAUCCACUAG